AUGUCUCUGCCCAGCAACGAGGCCGGCGGCAUCAUCAUUUACUUGAGGCAAGAGGGUCGCGGAAUUGGGCUGGGAGAGAAGCUCAAAGCCUACAACUUGCAGGAUUUGGGGUCCGACACCGUCGAAGCGAACCUGCUCCUGCGCCAUCCGGCCGACGCCCGGAGUUACGGCUUGGCCACGUCAAUGCUGCGCGACCUCGGGCAGAACGAAGUCCGCCUCUUAACCAACAACCCGGACAAGGUCCGCGCUGUCGAGGGCCCUCACCGCGAGAUAGUAGUCAAAGAAAGAGUCGCCAUGGUGCCGCUUUCUUGGAAAGGGAGGGGUGGCUUUAGGGCGCCCGAGGUUGAGGGUUAUCUGAAGACCAAGAUCGAGAAGAUGGGUCACAUGCUAGACAUGGCAAAUCUGCCACGCUGA